AUGGGGACUAUGAGCAACAUCAAUAUUUCACAUCAUUUGCUCAAGAGAUGGACUAUACUUCACUCGUAUACCCAUUAUUUUAUGAUCGAUACGCCUAAUCUAGCCAACUUCAAAUCCAUUUCCCAUGAAGUAACAGGGUAUUCACUGAAGAAUUUGGAAUCUAUUGUGAGCGCUGAUAUUCAUUUUGUAAUCGAAUAUAAUUAUCUUCAAGCUGAUGCAACAGCAUUGUUUAGAGGGAUCUGUAAUGUUCGUUCACUUGUUCUGUCUGCUACAUCUCUGAUGCUUUUAAGCUGUGAACCGCUUCCUGUUUUUGCCAACUUGAUGGAGCUGGAUAUGCGUCAUUAUUAUGGUCUUAUUGAUUGGUCGAGUUCGGAUAAAGGACUUGAAACUUUGCUGACAAGUUCUCAACUAGAAAAGCUUUACUUUAUUCAGGUAUAUUCUAUGUUUAAGCUUUUAUUUAGGUUGCAGGCUCUUACUGACACCCGUGGUUUUAGGAAGUUCUCUGCUCUCUGCCAGCAGAAAGUGCCUUGUUGUUUGUUGUAUAAACUUAAGACCAUCAAAAUUACAAACUUUACAGAUGAAAAAGAUAGUAUUGGAAAGGCAGAGUAUAUUCUAAAGAAUGGUGGAGCGCUACAGAAGUUGACAAUACGCACAGGAUUAUACAUUUCUGAAGAAGAGAAAUUGGAGAUAUAUCAAGUGCUGUUGGCUUCACCAAGGAAAUCAAACCAAUGCCGUAUCUUGUUUAUUUGA